AUGGAUAAGCUCGUUUCCAAGCUCAGCGGGGGUAGCCACUCCAAGGACAAGGAAGGUGGCAGCUCGAACGAUAAAGACUAUUUCGAUAAGGGCCUCGACUCAAUUGAGAAGAAGUUCGGCGGUGGUCGCGUCAAUCCCGACGACCCGAAGGUGCGAGAGGCGAAUGAGAAAUUUACGGAUGGUGCGAGGAGCAAGUUUGAGAGUAUGACUGGGCAAAAAGUCCCCUCGAAAUUCUCCAACUAG